AUGCUCCUUGGUAAUGGCCUCAUCUUUUGGCUGGGGGCUGGCCUUGUAGGAAUCUUUCUCUGUCUCGUGAUCAAGCUUUUUGAAACCUCUCCGGUUCCAAAUGACAUCCCUUGGGUAUUAAACAAGAAGGGCAUUCUGGGGCGUGCUGCAGAACGUUUCGUUGGCGUCAACCCCGUUGGCUUCAUUUAUGAGGGAUAUCAGAAGGUUUACACCCUGCCUUAUUCCAAAUAUCAGAAACCGUUCGUGUUGCCCAGCGUCACCGAGGGCGAUGAAAUUCUGCUUCCAACAGAUCAGUCCAACUUCAUUUUAUUCGCCACAGAGAACGAGUGUAGUUUCAGGUCCAACAUUAUAGACUUCUUCCAGCUCCAGUACACCAGCUGGCCGUUGGCAUUCGCAGAAAAGUAUGACUUAUAUGUCAAACUCAUCAGCAAAGACCUCUCUGAAACAUUGAAAACGGAGUCUGUUGCAAUGUCGCUCGCUGAGGAGGCCCGAUCGUGUCUGUCUGACUUGUGGGGUGAGGACACAGAUUCUUGGAAUGAGAUUUACCUGUACUCUGCAAUGGAGAAAAUGGCAUCGAGGAUGAUCAAUGUGCUUGCAAUUGGACCAGGCCACGGUCGCGACAAGGUUCUUCUAAGAGCCAUGACACAUUGCUCAAACGCUCUCGUUUUGGGGGCAAGUAUUAUCAAAGCAUUCCCGUCAUUUCUGCAUCCAAUUAUUGGCCCCUUCGUAGGUUUGGUCAACAGAUAUUUCGAGAUAGUCUUCCACCACCGUAUGAAGCCUAUCAUCGAAUCCAAGGUCGACGAACAGCAGAAAGCCACGCAUUUGGAGGGACAGCAGGAAACACUGAAGUCCAGGGGCAGCUUGUUGGACUUGCUCAUCCAGGCUGGUCUCCGUAGUAACUGGCCGAUGGAGAUCACGUCGAUGUGGCUAGCAUAUAGAGUCUUCAUGAUCAAUUUUCCGGGCGUACACACGACUGCGGUCUCCGCUGCCAGCGUUCUUCUUGACAUACUGAGCCAUCCGGUGGAGAAGAAGCUUGUCAAACAUUUGCAAGAGGAAAUUGAGAGCAUUGCUGUCAAUUCUGGUGGAUCAUGGACUGCAGAGAAUCUGGGAAAGGCUUCGCUGCUGGACAGUGCAGUGAAAGAGAGCCUCCGGCUGAACGGCAUCAAUGCUGCCAGUCCGACCAGGAAGGUGGUCGCACCCGAUGGGGUCACCCUUGCGAACGGCCUCUUCUUACCUUGCGGAACUAAGGUUGGGAUCCCCCAGUAUGCCCUCCACCGUGACGAGGCACUCUAUCCGGAGCCAGACAAAUACAAGCCCGACCGUUUCUACACGAUGAACGCAUCUGCUGAAGAGAGGCGCCAGAAUUCAAUGACCAUAACCAGCGAUAAAUAUGUGGUUUUUGGUCACGGCCGUCGCCAAUGCCCCGGACGUUGGAUCUUCGCCCACAUUUUCAAGGUGAUCUUGGCGGAAAUGCUCUUGAACUAUGAUAUUCAGUCUAUCCCGAUACGCCCGAAAAUUCAUAGAUGGGGUCGUUUCCAGCUGCCACCAUUCACAACUAAGAUCGCUGUCCGGCGUAAGAAGAGCAGAACCCCUAUGUCUCUGUGA